CGUCGCGACUGGCAAACUAAUUACCCAGCCGAGCUGUUAUUUAUUAGUCGACGAUGAGCAGUGUUGAUCGGUCGGAUAUCUCCCGAGACAACGGGACAUGCGCUUUGACGCAUGCCGCGGGCAUCAGAGAGUCGCGCAAGUUUUUCAGCCUGGUUUUAGGAUCCCCCGUGACGUCAGGAUCGGAUGACGACGGCUCACUCGAAGAUUUGCUCACCGGUCUGCAACUAUUUCUAAAAAAGACAUGGAACAUUUGGGGAGUUUCUACGAUGUUUAAUUUUAACUUCGACGACGAUAUAAAAAUUAAGCAAUACGCAAAAAUAUUAAGAGAACAAGUUGCGCACAUUUUAUCGCAAGAAGACGUUAGCUAUGUAGCCACAUUCAAAGUUUUAGAUAUACCGAAGCCAAAUGACUCGGACCAUCCUGUUAUAAUGAUCAAAGUACAAGCCCAGACGAUGGGUAAGGAGAGCAGAGAAAGUUGUGUUUACGAGGGAUAUUUUUUCUCCUGGCGCUCGGGGACGACGUGCGAGCCGAGUGACAACACGGGGAAGCUUCCUCUGCUGCUGUGUCGCGGUACCGCGAACACAAUGCGAGCCGUACACUCGAUCCUGGGGCACAUGUUCGAUUGCCUAUUUGUCGCACUACCGACCAACGAGGAAGAUCUCAAGUGGCUCCUGCCGAUCCUCAUCAGAGCGACCGAAGAGGAAUACAAAGCCGAUAGCGAGACGGAGGCGAUGCUCGAAUACUUGGUUCCGUAUCUCCCGACCUCCAACAGCAUCACCGUCAAAUUUCACAUAAAAAAACUUAUACAACUAUGGAGAAGCCUUUGGGGAAAACAAGACAAGAUAUUGGGCGAAGAAGUUGAAAAAUUUCACGAAAUUCUUCAUAGCCAAGCAAGGGAAAUUACUGGUUUGCAAUUAGAACUUUGUCUGCUGAACAAAAUUAUUCUUCCUUCCAUAACGAUAUCGGCAAACAAGAUGAAAGUAACAAGUGUUAACGCCAUGAACACUGUUUUAACAUAUUUGAAUGAGAAGGCGAUGGACGCAUUAUACAUAAAUACAACGCAAUUCAGUACUUCGAAAUAA